GCAACGAUGCUUCACUCAAAUUCCCCUCAUUUAGAUUCAGCUGAUUUGCCUAAUUUUUCCAAACAAAAACAGAAAUAAGUAAAUAUUCUGGGUUUCUCAUAUAUUAGAGAUAAUUUUCUAAUAUUAAACAUAAAUAAUAAAAUAAAAAUUUCACUAGCUGGCAAUGGAAGAAUUAAACAGGGAUUUUAAAGAGAAAUCUCCCAAUGAUUUAUAUCUACAAGAAAUAGAAGGAAUAGAUGAUUAUUGGGGUCCUACAUUCAGAUUAACUUCAAACAUUGUCAUAAGGAAUAUUGGCCACCGCAGCUGUCUGACCAUAAAAUCAGAUGUUUACAAGCAGCCAUAUCAGCAGUUUCUCUUACAUGCCGAAGUAAACAGGAACCCACUUCCUGAGCCCCUCUACCUGCCAUACCUUCCAGCCAUAAAUAAAAAUGUCUUUUAUAAAAGACAACACUUGUCGGUAUACAAGGAAGAGGCAAUGUUUUUUCCAUAUCAAAGGACCAUUUUUGAUAACAACAAUGGGCAUAUAGACUUUAAAAAAACUUUGGAGGAAAGGAUUAAACACCAUGAUAAGGAUAUUGAAAGAUUAUGUAAUGUUUAUUAUCAAGGCUUUAUUGAGUCUGUUACAGAGCUGCUAGAAGUGAAGUCUCAAUCUAAGAGUUUGAAUAAUCAAGUUGUGUCCAUAGAUAAGCAACUCCAAAAUUCAUUUCAAGCUCUUUCUAAAUCAGGAACUGACUUACUCCAGGCGAGAAAAGUUCAGAGUAAUAUUGCCGAGGUGAUAUCUCAACUUAAUUUGUGUCUUCCUGUCUUUGUGUCAUAUUCUAAAUUACAAAAGCAGAUUGCAGAGAAAAAAUAUUAUCCGGCACUAAAAACACUGGAGGAACUAGAAAAUGUUCAUUUGCCUUUUGUCUCCAACUACAGAUUUUCAAAUCAACUGUGUCAAAGAAUUCCAAAAUACAGAGACAAAAUUGAGGCAGCUUCAAUGAUGGAUUUAAAAGAUUUUUUAGAGAAUAUUAGGAAGUUCUCUCCAAAAAUAGGUGAAGUUGCUAUGAGGCAUACAAGUGAGCAGUUAGCCACAGAUCCAACUGUUAUUGGACGGAAAAAGAAGAGAAAUAUACAAAUAGAGUCUAGUAAUAAUUAUUCUGAAGAAGACUUAAGUGCCCAAGAAUUAAUAGAUUUUUCGCCUAUAUAUCGAGGCAUGCAUAUUGCAGAAGUGUUGGGAAAAGUUGCUACUUUUGAACUGUAUUAUAGAUCGGAAAGAACAAAACAAGCUAGAUUAGUGUUGCAGCCUCCUACUAAUAUGCAUGAAUCAGAAGAAAGUUAUAGAAACUAUAUCUAUGCCGUACUAGGAUUUUUUAUUUUGGAAGACCAUGUUUUAAAUACCGGUAGAGGUUUAAUAACUAAAGCUUUUUUGGAAGAAAUGUGGUCAGUGGCUUUGUCGAAAAUUACGACGGCUUUACAAACUCAUUCCGCUUAUUGUACCGAUGCGUCAUUAGUUUUAAAGAUAAAAGAUCUAAUCAUGCUUUUUUGUACUACUCUUAGAAAUUAUGGAUAUUCGAUAAAGCCUUUAUGGGAACUAGUUAGGGAAUUGCGAGACCACUACACGGAGGUAUUAAUGCAACGUUGGGUACAAGAGUUUAGAGAGAUAUUGUCUAAAGAAGAUUUUCAACCAAUAGUGGUACAUAAUGAGGAAGAAUAUGAACAAAUUCUUCAAUCAUUUCCAUGGGAUGGGGAUCUACCAGAUGACAUACAUUUUCCUUAUAAAUUUCCUUUUUCAAGCAUGGUUCCAAAGGUUUACCAGCAAGUUAAAGAAUUUAUUUAUGCUUGCUUGAAGUUCUCCGAAGAUCUUAACCUUAGCCAGGUAGAAGUCGACGAAAUGAUUCGCAAAUCAAUGAAUUUGCUACUAAUCAGGACAUUUAAUGGCUGUCUCUCAUCAUCCUUUAAAAGUCCACAUAUUAAUUUACAAAAAAUAACUCAGAUUAUAAUAGACACGAGCUAUUUAGAAGAUGCGAAUGUUUAUCUGGAUCAAUUUAUAUCUAAUAUUACAGGAGAGGAGAGUCGAAAUAUCACUACAGGGACCGGUCAAAGCCAGCAUGCCAUGUUUAGAGUAGCUAGAGAAGAUGCUGUGAAACAAAUAUGCGAAAAGUUAAAACAAAAGCUCGACGAAUGUGUAGAGUUGGAAACUUAUGAUUGGAAUCUGGUUGAACCCAAAGGACAUGCAUCCAGUUUUAUAUCCGAUAUAAUUGCUUUCUUGCAAACUACGUUCCACAGUUUUACUAACUUACCGCCUGAAGUAGCUCAAGCUGCCUGCCGGAUAGCGUGUGAACAUAUAGCAAAGUCUUUAUUUGACAUGUUGUUAAACGACGAUAUUAAGCAGAUAUCUAUGGGCGCUCUUAAUCAAAUGAAUUUGGAUCUGUUACAAUGUGAACAAUUUGCGGCAUGUGAACCAGUUAGAGGUUUGCAACAAGAUGAACUAUUAGCUUAUUUUGCGAAAUUACGUGAAUUACUAGAUCUGCUGAUUUCAUGGGAUUGGCCAACUUAUUUUAGUGAUUAUGGCAAAGAAACUAGUAGAUAUAAAAAUGUUCGACCUGAUAUUGCUGUUAUCCUUCUUGAGAAGUUAAAAGAAGGCGACAAGAAGAACAUAUUUACGGUUUUAAAUAAAAACGAAAGAGAUAAAAAAAAGUUGCUGGAGACAGUUUUAAAACAGUUACGUCAAUUAUCUAGCAAGUAGUAAUUUUGCACAUCUAACAAUCAUGGUAAUAUUUUGUUUAUUUUAUAACUUAUUAAGUAUAUUUUAGAUUAGAUUAUUAUUUAAUUGUAUAUUUUAUUUAAUCAAUUAAAAAGUUAUAAUAUAAAAGGAUUUUUAAAUUUACUGGAACCUCAUCCGCAUAAUUAUGUACAUUUAUCAAUCAUGUAAAUAUUUUAUUUAUCUUAUAACUUAUUUAAUAUAUUUUAGAUUAGAUUAUUAUUUUAUUGUAUAUACGAUUUAAUCUAUUAAAAAGUUACACUAUCAAA